UCUCUCCGCCCCCUGUUUUACUCACACAGCUGAGAGAAAAAGAGGGAGCCAGUCCGAGAGUGGUGGAAAGAAAAAAAAAAAAAAAGAAAAAGAAGCGACCUCAGCCCUGCCUCAGAACAAGCAGCGGCACCGGGAAGCGCCGUUUCUUUGUUCACUUUAACCGGGCUUUGACCAGCGCAAAAAAAAAAAAAAGUGACAUUUUGUUCAUUCAUGCCAUCCCGGAAGUAUAUGGAAAUGGACCCUCGUGGGAAUGAGUCCGCCGACCAGUGCGGGUCCUACGCGAAGCGGCGGCGGCGUGACGCCGCCGAGCGGCCCGUCCCCGGCGGCAACAGCGGAUGCUCCCCAAGCCUGGAGUACACGGACCUGGAGGCCGCCGAGGCGCUGGUGUGCAUGAGCUCGUGGGGCCACUUUGUCGGCGGCAACAGGCCCAACCCUUGCAAGCCGCGACCCCUGACCCCGGCCUCUGACUCCUGCGACUCCAUUCUGCCCCCUGAGCUCCCGGAGGCCCCGAAAGACUUUGUGUCCCUCUCCUCCUUGUGUAUGACUCCGCCUCACAGCCCCAGUUUCGCCGAGACCUCGUCGUCCGGCGGCGGCGCGUCCUCGCAAUGCGUCGCCUCCUCCGUCGCCAAGAGCCCACCCCCGCUCGCCCCUCCCUGCAGGUCCAUGGCGACGAGCGUAAUCCGCCACACGGCAGACAGUUCCCCCUGCCAGUACCACAUUCCGGCGGCCCCCAAUUUAGAGAAGGCGACCUCCUGCCAGCAGCAGCAGCAGAGCAUCACGCCUCCAUCGCCUUCUCUUCAUCUUCCUGUCACAGCCACACCAACUGAGGCCAGCCCUCCCAAGCCUUCUUUGGACAAUGUCUCCACGCCCAUUCCUGUUAACGGUCAACCACAAAACAGCCCCCCUGCUCAGGCGAACCUGGCCCCGCCUCCAGUCACCAGCCCUCAAAUCAUCUGCCAGAUGUUCCCCUUCAGGGGCCAAUCAGGUAUAAUAUCAGCCUUAAUCCCCAGCGCAGUCCAGACGUCCUCCACCGGGGCCCGGGCUGCCUCCACCCCUAUUCUCCCCCAGCCCGCCGCCGCCGCCGCCGGCUCCGCUGCAGUGCAGCAGUCCCUCAUCGUGGGCUCGGCGGUGCCUCAGGGCACGGUGAUGCUCGUCCUCCCCCAGUCCUCGGUCCCCCAGGCUCCCCACGGCCCCCAGACUGUCAUGACGCUGGGCAACACCAAACUGCUCCCGCUGGCCCCGGCCCCGGUCUACGUGCCCAGCGGGCCCGGGGGCGGCGCCGCGGCCACAAAGAUGGACUUUUCCCGCCGGCGAAACUACGUGUGCAACUUCCCCGGCUGCAGGAAGACGUACUUCAAGAGCUCUCACCUCAAGGCGCAUCUUCGCACGCACACGGGUGAGAAGCCGUUCAGCUGCAGCUGGGACGGCUGCGACAAAAGGUUCGCCCGCUCCGACGAGCUCUCCCGCCACCGGCGGACGCACACCGGCGAGAAGAAGUUCGUGUGCCCCGUGUGCGACCGCCGAUUCAUGCGCAGCGAUCACCUCACCAAACACGCCCGACGCCACAUGAGCGCCAAGAAAAUCCCCACCUGGCAGGCCGACGUUAGGAACCUGAACAAGAUGGCCGCCGGCAAGAACCCUCCCGCCAAAGCCGGCCUCGCCACGAUCAGCAUGCUGGUACCCGCCGGCUCUCAGUAGGCCAGGAACACUUAACGAAUGCAGGGAGCGGCCGGGGACGUACGGCUGUCUUGACUCACGGCCAUAAAAGAAAAAAAAAAGACAAAACAAAACAUGCACUGGACCUUUACAUCUCUACUGCUCAUUUGUACAUUUACACAAAAAAUGAUUCUUUUUGUUUCAUGGAUGCACUCUUUGCCAAAGCCUUUGUACGACUCAGAAUUUCGUAUUCUUCACCCUUUCCACAACAAUUUUUAUUUGUUGUGACACGUAUAUGUGAAUGUAUUGUUGUGUCCCAUAUGAGGAACGUGUUGAGAUUUCAUAAAUAUAUAUAUAUAUAUACACGCAUACACGUGUGUAUGUGUAUAGAAUAAUGUAAUAAUUCAUUUGUAAUCACAUUACUAUGAUUAUACCGUGAUGAUUACUGCAUACCUUUAUGUCUAACUUUCAUAUUAUUUAAUACAUAUUUGUAAUUAAAAAGAUGACUCAUUUACUGUUCGUUUAAUCUUCUUUGUGGGUCGUCUUCUGCUUGAAAUCCUGACUUUUUCCUGUGUCUAAUCCAGGAAAAACAAGGUGUGGGUUCUCAGUUGAGUCAGCGAUCCUCCAUAAAAGACAGCGAGCGGCGUUGCCUUCCCACAUCCUGUGUGUGACACCGUUGGCCCUCGCUGGCCUUUUUUGGGCGCGCAUCCUCUUGAAUGUGCUGACGAGCAAGCGGGGCAGCUUCCCCACCGGCUCGGGGAUUGGUUUGUCGGUGCUAUAAAAGCUCAGUUUUGUAAGACCACGCAGAGACGUCACGUCUUGUUUAUUCUCCAGGCUGCCAGACUGCUCAA